AUGUCGGACUUUAAAGAGCAGUUUGAGCAGAAGUUGGACAACUUAUUACAGUCUAAGAAUGACAAUGUGGUUAUUCCUCGGAAAGAGAAACGUGCACAGUGGAUAGCUCAGCUGCUUAAAAUUGAAAAGGAAGGGCCUAAAACCAGCGAUGACUAUAAUAUGAUAAAAAGAUUCGAAAUUCUCAGAGUUGGUGACGAUGACCGACUUAUUCGGAAGCAUAACGGGAGAGAGUUUGUGAAUGCCGUUAUAUCAGAGUUGUCUACGCUCUGGCCUGAACUUAAGCUCGUCACUGGUCAGCCGCGCCACCCACAAAGCCAAGGUGCAGUUGAAAGAUUGAAUGGAGUCAUUCAAGACAAAUUAAAAAUUUGGAUGCACGAAAACAAGUCCAGCAGGUGGAGCGUUGGGGUCCACUUUGUCCAGUGGCAAAUAAACAUUUCGGAACAUGAAACCAUAAAAACAAGUCCGUUUAAAGUCAUGUUCGGGAUCGAACCCAAGGUAGGCCUAGCAUCCACUGUUAUUCCACCUAAUAUGCUCGGCAAUAUAAGAACUGAAGAAUAUUUAGACACCAUCCUCCAAAAUGAAGCCGAAGGGGCGGCUGAUGAAGAGGAACAAGAAGGAGAGGAGGAACAGGAAGGAGAAGAGGAACGAGAUGGAGAAGAGGCGCCGCAAUUCGCUGAAGCUCGGCAACUGGCUGCAGCCGGCCAAGAAAAAACCGCACUUAGAAUGACAAGGAGGGCGAAACCCCUCUUAAGUGCCCUACAAGUGGGUGACAACGCGACGCUGAAAGUACCCGAGUUUGAUCGUGGGCCGAUGACAGCAGGAACCUCCUGGUUGUGGUACUGCAGAGAGACGAGGACCUGUACCAGGUAG